AUGGCUGUCGCACUCCGGCCUCCGAAGCCAGCCGUGCUGCGGGCGCUGCGGUCCUGGGUGUUGGCUGGGGUGGGAGGCGCUGGCUCCCCCUGCUGCCGCUGCCCCCUCGGAGCUAAAAGAUAUCUACUUACAGAUAAUAUUGUGAAAUUAAAAGCAUUUCAGCAAAAGAAGGUGGCUGUUGCAUACAGUCUUCCUGGUACCAAAGAAACCUAUUUGAGCAACUUGGAGGAGAAAUUGACCCAGAACAAGCUCAUCUUGAAGGAGGAGCUGAGGACCUUACUUCAUUUAUGUGAGUCCCGUGAUGAUGUGGAACUGGCUAAACAUGUCAUUUACAGGUACUAUGUAGAGAACAGAAGUGUCACGUUGGGAGAGUAUAAGUUUGGACCACUUUUCAUGAGGUUGUGCUACGAGUUGGAUCUUGAGGACUCUGCAGUGGAGCUCAUCAAAGACCAGCAAUUACGAGGUUUCUUCUCAGACUCCACGUCAUUCAAUAUUUUGAUGGACAUGUUAUUUAUCAAAGGCAAAUAUAAAAGUGCUUUGGAAGUAUUGAUCGAGAUGAAAAACCAAGAUGUGAAGUUCAACAAAGAUACCUAUGUCCUUGCUUUUGCAAUUUGCUACAAACUGAAUAGCCCUGAGUCUUUUAAAGUCUGCACCACAUUACGGGAAGAAGCCCUAAUCAAAGGAGAAGUCCUUCCCAGGAGAGCAUCCUAUUUUGCUGUGGCACUAGCUCUGAAUCAGAACCAAGUGGAAAAAGCUGCAUCUAUUUUUUCUCAAAUCAUGAUACCAGAAAGCAUAAUCUGUGCUAAUUUAAAUCUUAUGAUCCAUAUUCAGUCAAAUAUGUUGAAAAACCUGAUAGAUAUACUAAAGAAUGCCACAGAUGAAAGUGUAUCAAAAUUUGUGAAAAAACUCAAGUUCUCAGAAGAAGUGCUGGCUAAAGUGAGGGGAAAAGUGAAGGAUGUGCCUGCCCUUCUGACUACAUUUGACGAGCUCUAUGGGAAACUGCACAUAAAUGGCCAGGUCACCGCUCACACUUUGGAUGCUCUGCUCUGCUUCACCCCCAAACACCUAAAUUCCCAAGUGGUACUAAUAAACAAGAGGAGAGUCAGCCGCCGCCAGACCUUCCAGCCACUCAGCCAGUCCUUGUGGACUGAGUAA